GGGUGAGAAAAGUUUCUUUUCCGCAAAAUACUACAGUAAUUCUUCACUCUGACACUCGAACACAUCUCUGCAACAACAUACUAGUUCAGCUGCACACUUUCGCCGAAUAGCACUACUCGGACUAGCGAAAAUCUUGAAGCUUGAAGCUUGAAGCUGAACGCCCGUGCUUUUAAUUGGCCAGCUCCACUGGAUCCGAAAGUACUAAUUUCGUACAUCGCCUGAUAAUCUGAGCUAAGGAGUUGAUAAUUGCCGGAGAUGUAGUUGGAUCACUUUCGCCUCGACCGCUAGCAUCUAGCAUAUCAAGGGUGUCUGUCAUGAUUCAUCCCGAAGUUGAUGCACGGUACAAGUUUCCACUCAGUUAACAGUUAUAAACAGUGCUGUUGUAGGCGCCUUUCAGCGUUGCUCUUCUGAACCCUCUAAUCUCAAGAACAUGACCGACUUGCCUGAACUUCCCCGAUGUCUUUCUGGAGCACUCUUUCCCAGCUUUGUCUUAGCUCUUGCGAUGGCCAUGACUCUCUUGCUGCUGAAGAGACGACUCGGAAGCUCAAGCCUCCCCCUUCCUCCUGGCCCCAGACGCCUUCCGAUCAUUGGGAACCUCUUAGAUAUGCCUUCCAGCUUCCCGGCACACAAGUUCGACGCAAUGGGGAAAGAAUUGAAAACCGAUAUUAUCUACCUCAACGUUGCUGGAACGAACCUGCUUGUUUUAAACUCGUUCCAAGCAGCAGAUGACUUGCUAGAGAAGCGCUCUAGGAUCUAUUCUGGCAGACCCCGUUUCACGAUGGUUAAUGAACUAAUGGGUUGGGACCGUGAUUUCAUUUUCAUGACUUAUGGUGAGGAUUGGAAAGCACACAGGCGGUUAUUUCAACAAGAAUUCCUGCACGGUCAAGUUAAUGCGGAGCACCAUCCUCACGAGUUGAAGGCUAACAGGACUCUGCUCCUGAACCUUCUAGAUGACCCCAAGGACUUUAGGGAACAUCUACGCUUAAUGUCAGGAUCCCUCUUGAUCUCAGUGACGUAUGGAAUCGACGUGAAGGACAAGAAUGAUCGUCAUCUCCAAAACGCCGAGAACGGCCUAGAUAUACUUUUGCAUGCGCUUAAUCCCGGUUCAUUUUUAGUGGACUCACUGCCAUGGCUCAAGUACAUUCCCGAGUGGUUCCCGGGCGCAAGUUUCAAAUCAAAAGCAAGAGAAUGGAGGUCUUUACACCGACGCUUGGAGCAUGAAGCAUUCGACGCAACAAAGCAAGAUAUGGCCAGUGGAACGUUUCAACCCUCAUUUGUAUCAAGCUCCGUCCAACGAAUGCUCGGCGAUGUUGACCAGAGCACGCACCGUACACAGGAUAACGAAGCCCUAAUUCGCGAGACUGCCUCGAGCAUGUACGAAGCUGGGACGGAUGCCCUUUUCACGACACUUCUCUCCUUCAUUCUGGCUAUGACUUGCUUCCCGGAAUAUCAGGAAACAGCUCAGCAAGAGAUCGAUAGGGUAGUGGGGAACGGACGGCUUCCUGAACUGAGCGACAAGGAUUCUUUACCAUAUUGUGAGGCCAUAAUGAAGGAGGUGUUCAGAUGGCAACCUCCUGGCCCUGUUGGAAUCUCUCAUCACAUCAGUGUCGAGGACGAAUACCGAGGCUAUCGUAUACCCCGAGACACGACAGUGAUAUCGAAUAACUGGUCCAUUUUCCACGACGAAACAAUGUACCCCAACUCGUACGACUUCAAUCCAGAACGGUGGCUUACAACACUUGAAGACGGCCAGGUGGUACCAAACCCCGACAUCCGUGGUGUUACUGUGGGCUUUGGAUCUGGCCGAAGAAUCUGCCCAGGGCGACAAUUCGCCCUUUCGGCCACAUUUUUGAACGUCGUGUCCAUAUUAGCGUUAUUUGACAUCCGGAAACCCAUCGACGAAUCUACCGGGAAUGUCAUCGAACCAUCUAUGAAGUUCAUCUCCUUGUUACAAAACCGUCCCGCGCCGUUCGAGUGUAGCAUCAGGCCACGGUCAGAUAAACAUGAGAUGCUCCUUCGUAGCGUGAUGGAGCAUCUGUGAACUCUGCGCGUAGUAGCUUCCCUCAGAGCAUCUUCCGCCACCCCUUUAUGAUCUCCAGUUUCUCAAAGAUUUUAAUCGCAGACUAAAUAUAGAUCCCCUCUUUUGAAAUCCUCCAUAUGUAAAGGUCAAAACCUUUCUCGGUUUCAGC